AUUGCCUAUGGAACCACAGAGAACAGCCCUGUGUCAUUCUGUGGCUUCCCAACAGACAAUUUGGAGAGGAAGUCAGAGACUGUUGGGUGCAUUACCAAUCACUUAGAGGUAUGUCUCAUCCACCUGAGUCAUUUAUGUGCAUAUGUUUUAAUAUCUUUACUUCUAUUAUACAAUAAGUAUAUUUAUGUCUGUUAAAGGGAUACUUUGGGAUUUUGGCAAUGAAGCCCUGUAUCUACUAACGUUAGCGCAAUGACUGGAAGUAUAUCUGUUACCAUAGACUUCCAGUCUUAGCUGUUACUAUAGACUUCCAGUCAUUGGGCUAACACUGGUUAGCGUUGGCUCGCAAAACUACCUCCAACUUCCUUCAUACUGGACGGAGAGACAUAAAACUGGUAUCCACAAGUUGAUUUGACUUUUCAUUCCCAAAAUCCUGAAGUAUCCCUUUAAGCAUAUCUAAAGCAUAUACAUUACAUGUCUUAUCCACAUAGGCAGAAUUGCUGGGAGCAUGAUUUUAUUAUCAUAUGGUAACUGACUGCAGUAGAGUCUCACCCUAUUAUCCUUACCACUGCUGUCCCUCAGGCUAAGGUAGUUGAUCCUGACUCUGGAGAGCUCAUGCCUCUUGGGAUAUCAGGAGAGCUGAUGAUCAGGGGCUACUGUGUAAUGCUGGAGUACUGGGGGGAUGUCGCCAAGACAGACAAGUGCAUUACCAAAGACCGCUGGUAUAAGACUGGGUGAGUGGACAGGUCUGGUCCCAUACACCUCCCAAACACUGAUGUCUCAACUUUUACUUAUGUGUCAUACAUGUAUCCUUAUACCCAUAUGCAGUGACAUCGCCAGCCUGGACAAGUAUGGCUACUGCCGCAUCGAGGGCCGAAUAAAGGACAUGAUCAUCCGAGGAGGGGAGAACAUAUACCCAGCUGAGAUUGAGCAGUUCCUACACACCCACCCUAAAGUCCAGGAAGCACAGGUGAAUUCUCAAUCAGUUUGUUUGUAUAUGCUUGAACAGAAGCAGAAAGAUCGUUUUAUAGGGAAAUGUCCUUUUGUCAGGAGCUGUAGAGCAAGGACUGCUAAUGUUAAUGUUUCUUUCCCGCUCUCUAUCAGGUGAUAGGAGUAAAGGAUGAGCGUAUGGGAGAGGAGGUGUGUGCCUGCCUCAAUCUGAAGGAGGCAAUGGAUUGCAGUGCAGAGGACAUCAAAGCUUACUGCAAGGGAAAGGUGAGAGAUUGAAAUAAAAAGGUUCUGCAACUUCCUGCUGUGGCUAGCCUAAAUUCCUAAAAUGUACUGUUAUUCUGUUUCUCUUCUUUCCCCUCUCAGAUUGCUCAUUUCAAGAUCCCACGCUAUGUAACAUUUGUGAAGGGCUACCCGCUCACAGUUUCAGGAAAGGUAAUCUCUCAAACCAUAUACUCUUACUCAAAGCUAAGCUAACAUGCCCCUUAAUGUAUGUUUCUACUACAUGAACAUUGACCAACAUUUGUUGUGUAUUUGUUUAUACAAUUCUGAAGACAUAAUCAGGAAGCCUAAGUACUUGUCAGAGACAAAUUAGUUUUGAUGAACAGUCCAUUGCAUAAACUGUAUGUUCCUUGUGGUCCUCUUCAAAACCAUUUAGAAAUGGAGAGAAAUGUGAGUAGCCCAAUCCCCCGUCUCUAGACAGAAAGAAAGUGAGCUAUUAAGCAGUCUGCACGCAGCAGUCCUGCUAAACGCAUUCAGAGGGCGUCAUGUUGGAGGAGUCACGAACCACCACGGCUGCCUGGUCGAUCUGAGAAACCACCCUGACAUAAAACACUGUAUUUAAUACAAAGACUUAUUCUCUCCUUUCUUUUUUUAUUCCUCUUUCAGAUCCAGAAGAACAAACUGCGUGAGCAGACAGAGAAGUUUCUGGCUCUGUGA